AACAAGCCACAGCUAAAACUAAAAUUAAAUCCUAAUUGUAUUUAGUUGGCUACAUACAUAAAACACCCAGAAUAAAUUGACAAGCUAAUUGUCUUUCGUAGAGUUUAUUUAUAUUUGGUUAAUUUACUUUAAAAUGCAAAACCACGGCAAAGGGGAAGAUCACUUUCAGUUCAUCCAACGCACAGAUCGGAAGAGCCUACACUCGCAAAUUGGGCUGCUUGUGGCCAAGGCGCAGCAGGCGGCUAACGAGGACCUGCAAGAGCGCAGUUCACGCGUGAAGGCUCUACUCGAAAAGGAGGACAAAGUGUUCGAGCAAGAGUUUGCCAGCAAGGUGAGGAAUCGCUUCGAUGAGGAGAUACGCGUACGCCAGGAGCAACUGCACGAGAUCAAGGAGGCGCGUGACAAGCGCCAUAAGAAGUUCGUCGAUAUAAAGCGAAUGCAGCAGGUCAUGCUAAAUUGCUAUGAAAUACGCGAGGCGCUCCGCCAGAAGGAUUGCACCAACAACAAAGUAUGCCUGGAGGAGCAAAUGCAGGAGAACGUGCGCAUGAAGCGGCGAGAAUGCGAAAGAGAGCGCUAUUGGCAGAAGCUGGAGGAGCGACGCUGGGAGGAGUACGACCGACUGCACAAUUAUGAGAUGCGCAAGCGCCAACAGAUGCAGGGUCAGAUGUGCCAAGUGCUGCAAGCACAGCUGGCCGAGCAUGAAGAGAAACGCCAGAAGGAGCGUGAGGAGAAACGUCUGGACACAAUCAAAGUGGAUCAAUUAAUAGAGGAGCUCCGCCUCGAAGAGUUCGACUCCAAGCACCAGGCAGCAAACAAUGAUAAGGAGAAAUAUCGCCUCGAACUGCUCGAGGACAUUAAACGCCGCAAAUGCGCAAAGCUGGCCGCUUGGGAGGCUGAAAAAGCCGAACAUGAGGAAUUCAUACGCGAAACACAACGCCUCGAGGCGGAGGCUAAGGAGCGCAUCUGGCAGACCAAGCGGCAGCUGUCGCGUGCCACACACGAAUACAUUGCCUAUGUGCGGCGCAUGCGCAACCUUGAGCUGGGCAUUGAGAAGAUGAUGAACGAUCGCAUCGAUGAUCUCUACCAUGUGGAUCUUUGCUGCAAGAGCAACAUUGCCGAGACGACUCGCCUCAAGGGCGAGGAGGCGGCACGCUGUCAUACGCAGCUCAAGAAGCAAAUUUGUGAGGAAAUCGAACGUAAAAUGCGCCAGGAGGCUGAACAGCGCGAGAACAAGAUGCUCGAGAAUCGUUUUGUCCAUCCGCCAGUUACACGAGACAUGAUACUCUGCAAACAACGUCAGAUGUGCCUGGAUUUAAAUGCCCAAAUCAUCGAGAUGAAACGCAUUCAGGCCGAAGAGGAGAGGGCCUUCGAGCGAAAACUAAUGAAGGCUGUGGAUGAUCCACAAAUUUGCAUUCAGCUAGCUGCACAGUAUAUAGACGAGGACAAAGACUAUCUCCCUCCGCAUCCCAACUGGAAAAUAUACGCGUGCCCUCAAAACAAAUACGUCGCCAAGGCGCCCAUGUCCCAGCAGCAGUUCGAUGAUCUUGUCGCAAACGCUGGCAUUGACAAGUGUCCGUUCCCAGAGGCAGCACGCCGGGAUUGUGAUUUCAUGGCUCAGCCGUGUGAAAAACCACCACCAGCUAAGAAAAUUGAUUUCGGUGCCGGAGACAGUGAGCCGCAGACCCAAAAGGAUGCAUUCAGGAGCUGCAAUUGCAAAACUUAAUCCCACAUUCCACGAACAAAUUGUGUACUCGUGCCAGUUCAGAUACGACAUGUUCAAAGUUUUGUUUAGUUUUAUUCACUUUUUGUCAGAUAGUCAAUCCUCAGUGAAUAAGGCUGCGGCACGUUUAAUAUUUUAUUUGUUAGUGGAUUAAAAAUGUUUGAUUCUAUUCAAAUAUCAAGCAACAAUUUUGAUCAAUUUUGCACAGCUGGUAGAAGAAACUUCGCAAGUCAAAACUUAAUGAACUCAACUUGAAGCUUAAAAUAAUAUUCUAAAUGCUUGAUAAAGUAAACUAUUUUGAGUUGUAUGUCUUCAAUACCAAUAAAAUUGUUAAUCAGUUGGAGAGCCCGUUUA